AUGUCAGGACUCAAAGCGCACUUCAACGAGAACCCAGUGACUCCUCCGGUAGAGAGGGUGGGAGAUCCGAUCGAUCAUUUCGGAGGGACAUACGAACCACCCAAGGAAGAACACAAUGUACCUGCUGAACCCAUCCCUUUCUCAAGACCAUCCACCCCUACACCUGCUCAUGACCAACUCGCUUUCGUAGGUUUAGGUGAGAUGGGUAAGAGGAUGGCAUCCAACUUGGCCAAACAUUUAGCUUCAGAGGGACAGCCUCCAUUGAUGGUAUACAACCGAAAAGAAGACGGUACUCAAAAAUUCUUGAAAUACGCUACUGAACAUGAAGUACCUGAGAGCUCUUACAAGGUCGUCACGGAUUUAGAGGAAAUUGGCAGAACUGCGGAUCUGGUGGUGACUUCUUUGGCAGGUGAUGAAGCUGUAGAAGCUGUUUACGCCCAACUAUUUCAAGGUCAAGAGACUCAAAAAGGUACAGGUGAUGGUAUCAAACCAGGUGGUAGAGGCAGAACAACAAUCUUCGUUGACACCAGUACAAUCUACCCUACCACAGCUGGUAAACUCGAAGAUCUCGCUCGAUCCGCCCCUCAUCGAGUCUUCCUAUCAUGUCCCGUGUUCGGUGUACCUCGAGCAGCCGAGACUGCCGAUUUGAUCUUAGCCAUCUCUGGAGAUUAUUUCGCCAAGAAGCAUGCUGCUCAUGCGCUGGUUCCUGCUAUUGGAAGGAAAGUGAUGGAUUUGGGAAGUAAUGUCGAGAGAGCUAUGAGUUUUAAAUUGGUAGGAAACGCAUUGGAAUUAGGAUUUAUCGAACUCUUAGCAGAAUGUUUCACGCUAUGUGAUCAAUCUGGUGUAGGAUCAGAUAAAUUAGUCGAACUGAUCAAAGAUCAACAUAAAUCACCUGCUUUGAUCAGGUACGCCGAUAGGAUCACCAAGAAUAGAUUCAAUAGUGAGGGUGGAUUCAACUUGGGUGGUGGUAUAACCGAUGCCCGAAAUAUUCGACAACUUGCCGAGUCUCACAAUGUACCUAUGCCCACGAUGGACGUAGCUCAACAACACAUGUUAUCUGCCCGUGCGCAUGGUGGAGAUACGAUGGACUGGACGGCCCUGGUAGGUGGUCAGAGAAUAGCGGCUGGGUUGAAACCGUUUGCUGGUAGAGUGCGACUUGAGAAGUACGAAGAGUAG